GGCUGAGAAUCCGGGGGGCACAAAACGAAAUACAGAGAGAGAGAGAGAAGGGGCCGCAUUAGAUGCGGAAGGGUCCACGUAAGACCCGUGCUCCACUUUGAUUCUGAGACUCUUUGAUUCUCUCAAUCUCUUCAUUUCUUUUUUUGUUUUAUUAUUUUCUAAUCGUGAUUUAAGAUUAAGAAAGAAAGAAAAAUGGAGCGUGAGUAUUUGGAUUACAUAUUGGUGCCGUUGGGGAUGGGUUUGAUGGUAUUCUAUCAUCUGUGGCUUCUCCGCCGCAUCAUCCACCGUCCAUCUUCAACCGUCGUAGGCCUUAACGCCUUCAAUCGCCGCCUUUGGGUCCAAGCCAUGAUGGAGGAUUCAUCAAAAAACGGUGUUUUAGCAGUUCAAACGCUAAGGAACAACAUAAUGGCGUCAACUCUAUUGGCAUCAACCGCAAUAAUGUUGUGUUCACUAAUCGCGGUACUAAUGACCAGCGGUACAGGAGAGCGAUCGGUAUGGUUUGUAUUUGGGGACAAAAGCGACAGAGCCUUCUCGAUCAAGUUCUUUGCAAUCCUCGUUUGCUUCUUAGUCGCGUUUCUUCUCAACGUCCAAUCAAUCCGUUAUUACAGCCAUGCAAGCAUCCUCAUUAAUGUCCCCUUUAAACAGCUCAUGGCUGUUUCUUCGGGUGGUCAUAGCCAUGGUAGUCUUAUGAUAAACCAAGACUAUGUGGCUGCAACGGUUAAUCGUGGUAGCUACUUUUGGUCGCUAGGACUAAGAGCGUUCUACUUCUCAUCGCCUUUGUUCCUAUGGAUCUUUGGUCCCAUCCCGAUGUUCAUAACUUGUUGCGUUCUUGUUUCUUUGUUGUACUUUCUUGAUUUAACGUUUGAUUCCAUGGAAGGUAGUGUUGGGGUCGCCGAUGCGGAGGAGACUGAGAUUAGAAGCUUAGCUCAUAAUGUGUAACAAGUAGUUGAGAGAGAUUGAGGAGAGAUUUGUUUUAUGGAGCAUACAAAUCUUCUAAAUUGUAUUGAUUUAGGUUCAAUGGUAGUUGAACCGUGUCAGAGAGUUAUCCUAUUGCUUUUCGUUUUUUUCGGUCUAAGAGUUAUGCUUAGUGAAUAAAAUGGUACCAG